UAUUUCUGCUCAGAGGAGGAGCAGGUGCAUCUCACACACACACACACACACACACACGCGCGCGCGCUGAUCCGCGCGCUCCUGCUUUAUAAACUGACCGUCUCGCGCUCCGCCAUUACAGACACGGGGGCACGGGGAGGAUGAGGAUGAUGAUGAUGAUGAAGACUUUAAGGAUGAACACAGUGGCGGUUUUUUUCAUUCUUUCCAUCACAACUGCACUUUUACCCCCAACACAGGCCUUUCCUACCCCUACUGCAUCCCCAGAUAAGGCACAGAAUGACAGGCAGCUAUCAGAGGAGAGACCACUACAGCAGCAGAUGGCAGAUGUUGUCAGUGGCAGUAAAACAGACCUGAAACCCACACAGACACCUGAGUCCCAGUCUGAGUCCCAGUCCGAGUCCCAGUCCGAUCAGAGUAUAGAUGACAUCACUGUGCUGAAGUCUCUGGCGGAGAAAUCCAGAGAGCUGAACAACGAAACGCCCAAAUCAGACCUGACAGACGAUCGAUACAAUCACGACGAGAACGAUUCCACCAAAGCCAGAAGACUGGCAGAAGAUUACGACACCACCAAGAACCGCAUCGACAACAAAUACACAGAAGAUUCCGAGAGCUUGCACCAGCUGGAUGGAACUCCGCUCACUGCAGAGGACAUCGUCCAGAAAAUCGCCAACAAAAUCUACGAGGAGGACGACCGCGGCGUGUUCGACAGAAUCGUCUCCAAACUGCUCAAACUCGGACUGAUCACUGAAAGUCAGGCCGACACUCUGGAGGUUGAAGUCGCUGAAGCUCUGCAGGAUCUGAUUACCAAGAAUGCCAAGAACAAUGAGAUCUUGGAGCUGAACGACAACAACAGGGAUGAAGACGGUCGUCCCAGCCGUCGGUUUGAUGAUGAGGAUGAUGAGGUAAACGAUGGUGGUGAUGCUGGUGAUGAAGACGAGGAUUAUGAGGCUGUUGAUGAAGAGCAGGAGGAGGAGACCAGAGGGGUUGAUGGAAACUGGGACGGGCCGAGUGAAGGAAACGACAGGAACGAAGUGAACCCCGAGGAUGAACUGCAGGACCUGCAAUAUUUCCCCAACUUCUACAGACUGCUCAAGAGCCUGGACGCAGAGCAAGAUGCUGAGGAGAGAGAAACUCUCAUCACCAUUAUGAAGACUCUCAUUGACUUUGUGAAGAUGAUGGUGAAAUAUGGCACCAUCACCCCUGAGGAGGGCGUGUCCUACCUGGAGAACCUGGACAACAUGAUCGCCACCCAAACCAGGAACAAGCUCGGGAAGGCGUUGGGUCCCGUCAGCCUCUCGCCCCCUACAGCAGCAGAUGAUGACGACAACACGAAAGAAGAAACCGCCAAAAUGCUGAGGGAAUAUGAGAACCUGAAGGACUCAACCAAGGACGAGAGAACAGUGACAGAGAAUGGUCAUGCAGGAAAGUCAGAGUCGUAUCUGGAGGCCAUCAGGAAGAACAUUGAGUGGCUUAAGAAGCACAAUAACGAGAAGAAUAAAGAAGAUUAUGAUCUGUCGAAGCUGAGGGAUUUCAUGGACCAGCAGGUGGACAUGUACCUCGAGAAGGGAAUCCUGAAGAAGGACGAAGGCGACAUGAUCAAGAGGAUCUACGGAAGCCUGUAGGACGCGGGCGUGGAGCUCCUCCGCCUCGUCGUCAUUUAACAGCUUCGGGAUUUCUCCGACGUACGCCGUCGUAGCGUAGCUCUCCAAAUUAACCGCUAAACAUUUUUUUAUUAACCAUUCACAAAUACACGAUACGGCCAAAAGUUUGUGGACACCUGAACAUCAGAUUGGUAUGUGCUCAUUUUUGGACGUCCCAUUCCACACGUAGUCCUCAUUUCCAGCUCCACUCUUCUGGGAAGAUGUUCCACUAGAUGUUGUGGAGAUUUAUUCAGCUAUAAGUGUGUUAGUAAAGUCAGGUACUGAUGUAGGUGAAGGUGAGGAGGUCUGGAGUGCAGUCAGCCUUCACAUUCAUCUCGAAGGUGUUCAAUAGCUAUUUGCAGUUGCAGGAGAGCUUCCACCACAUCCCAUGUAAAGCAGAUCUUCAUGGAGCUGGCUUUAGGAACAUCAUCCUCAUCAUGCUGGAACAGGUUUGGGUCUUUUAGUGCAAAUGAAGGAAAAAUGUCAUGCUCCCACAACCAAAGACGUCCGAUAUAAUUGUGUGCCUCCAUAUUUUUAUUGUAACAGUUUGAAGAAGAACCACAUCUGGCUGGAGGUCAGGUGUCCCAAUACUUUUGGCCAUGCAGUGUAUAUAUUCUAUAAUCUUUUAAAACCGCAAUACGUUACGGUACCAAUCGCAGGAUAAUUAGCAAUAGAGGAUUGAUUAAACCUGUCAGGAUCACCUACGCGUAAGACACAAUAAUCAGAAGUGUACGAUAUUUUACGCUUUCACACGUUUUUUCUUUUUUCUCAGAAACCUCUUGUGUUUACGUCCUGUCACGUCUCGGAAAUACAGCGUGCCGUAUUUUCCUGGUUAUUUAACGAAAAGCUGUUGUAUUUAUACAAACAAUAGCGAUACACCAAUAAAUAUUACACUAAGAUUAGCUAGCUGGAUUAACAUGCUAACGUUAGCAAUGCACUUGUGGUAGCUUGAGAUACCUUCUAUAUACGGUGUGUAGAAUGCUACUUAUUUGUGACAGAUAACGCUCGGGCAGUUGUGAUAGUUAGCUUGAUAGCUAACACAUUACUGUAGAAUCCUGUAAAAUCGUGAUUUAAGAAUUAAGAACGUGUCACAUGUUAGAAUUUUACAAAGAGCAUAUAAAUGAACGUACCUCAAGUGAAACGUACAGAAAUUGCAAUGCUAAUAGUAGCUACACACCUAGCUAGCUUUGGUAUUCGAAGAUCGUACGUAUUAGAAGUCCAGAUAAGCUAAUAUUAGCUGACAUUAGCCAACUGCUAUUAAGCUAGAAUUAUUUUUAUUUGUUUCGAAAUGUGUAUGCGUACACACAAAAAGACAAGCGCUAAGCUGGACGAUUACCAGGAGGUUCAGGGUAAAAUAAACAAAAAUUAAUUGUAAACAUUUUAAGUUUUUAAUAAAUUCAAUAAAUUUUAAAUUAAUUUUAUAAAAAAAAAUUCUGUUUGGUUUUGCGUUGACAAUUCAUACACCAGGAAAUAUACGGUACUCGUUAUUAGCAUUGCUAGCAUUUUUUACUUUUUUUGUUUGAUUUCAUCAAGCGAACUACGUUUUUCUCACCGACCGAUUUGUGUUCCUGUUUCUAAUUUUUCUUUCUUCUGCUUGUGGAAGUAUUAGAAAUCCUACUGAUCUAAUAUUAGCUAACAUUAGCUAAGUGCUAGUAAGCAAAAAUAAUCUUGUUUUACGUGGUCUUCUUUCUCUAUAAUUGAUUUACCGAUGUAACGUCACCAUGAUGAUUACGACGAUUACAUUGACCUGAGUCGUUAACGUUAGCUCUGUUCGCUAGCUAAACAGUUUUCGUCAUCCUUGAUAACAUCGUGUGCAUACACACAAGCAUAAAGAGGACACACAAUUAGCUGGAUGACAACCAGGGGGCGCCAAACUGCCAAUUUACAGAAAAAGAUUUUUUUUUCUGUUUGGUUUUGCGUUGAUGAUUCAGUAAUCGGUUUUAGCUCUGCUAGCAUUUUAUCUUUCCUUCGAUUUCAGUCCGAUUUAAACAAGCGAACUACGUCUUAAUUUUUUUAUUCUCUCCAAACCAUUUGUGUUCCUUUUUCUCUCUCCUGCUUCUGGAAGUUGCUCAACACCAUCGAGGAGUUUCCUCUGUAAAUAUCCUGAUUUUCUUCUGUUAUUUUUUCCCCAGAAUUGCGAAUAAACAUUGCAUUUCUUUAACAGUG